AUGGCUACCCUCAGCGCACUUGCUAGUGGCGGAAACUUGCUUUCCGAUGUAUCUGAAGAGAUUAAAGGCGAUCUGGAAUGGCUACUUAAUCUGCCACAGGAGCCUUUUACAAACUCCAAAGAUGUUCUUGCGCUAUAUGAGGGCAUAGACUCUAGUGAAGGGGACUGCAGUGAAGACGAUGGAAGAAAAAAAAUGAAAGCGUAUCGCGAAAAGGUAUGGACGAAAUGGUUAACGUUCUGCGAGGCCGCAGGAAAAGACUCCGAGAAAGUCUGGAUAGACUUAAGCCUGGACAAAGAUGAUGCGAAACAAACUUGCAAAGCGUUCCUGCAUAGCUAUGUCGCAAACUCAGUAGUUCGGCGACCCUGCUUAGGGCCGGAAGAGUGGGAAGAAGUCCAAACAGUAACAUGUGCUGUCACUGUGGAAGACAUAUGGUGCGCACUUGUGUAUAAUGCAAAUAAAAAGAUUCUCCGGCCUAAAGCAAAGAAAGAGGGGGAAAGUCCAGGAUCUUGGGUACUGCAUUUCUCUAGUAAAUAUGGCAACUGUGAGGGUCCUGCUUAUGAUAUUGCAAGGUAUAUACCAAUUUUAGCAAAGAAGGUUAAUUUGUCUCUUGAACAACUUGUGGAAAAAAGACAAAUGACCGUGGAGGAUGUACUCUUAUUCCUUGAUACUUUAUGGACAAAGGCUGAACAUAUUCCUUGCAAACCAAAUGUACGCAACGCACUUCAUUGUGUAAUCUUGCUUGGUGCGUUUGGAGGUUGGAGACCGGGAAGCCUUAUGAAUAUUAAGUAUCGCGAUGUUGAGUUUGGGUGGUAUUCUCAUCCCAGGCUAAGAUUUACAAUUUCAACCAUGGCUUGCCGUCAAAUCUGUCUAUUAUCGCAUUUAGCUGCCACAGCCAUUGCAGACAAUGCUUUUGAAGCUAACUUUACAUCACCGGCCCAAAUCCUGAGCGGCCAACCGCUUGAACCUGGGAUCAGCUAUGUUCCUUUGAAGUGGAGGUCUGACAUACUGGAUGAGUAUAUUGUGCCUAUCACAUAUAGUACUUAUAACAAUAAAUGGCACAGAACAUUACUUGUCUCUGGGUUACGUGAUGCACAGAGAGUGGUGCCGUAUGCCAUGAGAGUUGGCGCAGGCAUUCGGCUUAAUGGUCCUUUACGAAAUUUCGUGUUAAAUCACACCAAUAAAAUUUAUGAGGCAAAUUAUUUGCCGAAACAUUUAUCGGACGAUUUAGCUCAUGCUUCUUUCGGAGAACUUGCCGGCAAUAACAACGACCUUUCAUCUUCAAUGAGCCGUGUGCUUAUAGCACGAGAUGCGAAUGCUCCCCUAUAUAUCACGCAAGAUGACCGGGCCAACUUUGAGAAGAGAAGAGACAUCAGCACUCUUCGACAACUCUACGCCAAGGCAAAAGUUCACGAGCCGAAAAUGGUAUCAACGAUAUACCACCGGAUAGAAUAUAUAUUAUUUCGCCUAGAUGCAUUACAACUUGCCUCAUCACGGAAAGAAUACUUCAUGUGUGUGGAUAGGAUGAGAGCUGAAGGCAAGCAGAUACAGCAUGCAGGCUAUAGCCCCACCAAGUACGCUCGACCAUCUAGGGGCAAUAGCGCUUGGCAAACCGCCAGACGCAUUGGAAUGCUACUGCGGCAAGACGACACUAAGCCUGAUGUCGCAAUACAGAAAUUGAUUGGCUAUCUUACCAAUAAAUGCGUUAAAGAUAUCUUCCCGGAAGCUGAGGAUUCGAAUCGAACUAAAAGAGACUAUCAAUGUUUUCUCUGCCGUGGCCGAUAUGUGAAAAAAUUUAAUUUAAACAGGCAUUUCAGAGACGACCAUCUAAAUAAACUCGAGAAUGGGUUCCCCUGUCCGGAAUGUUUACGAGACGGAAUAAUUAACCCGGUUAAUGCGGGCCCAGAGGCAUGGUGUAGCCAUGUUGCAAGGUUUCACGGCAAAGACAACGCGCCAAAUUUAAAAGUUCAAUGCAAAGUUGAAGAUUCUACAUACACGAAUGAGGAGAGUACAGGGAAGAGAAAGAGAGUAGCAUCUACAAAGAGUUCAGAUGGGCCAUGUAAAAAACCGCGGUAUAAUCCUAACCGGAAGCAAGGAGCUCUUCGUCAUGAGAAAAAAAGAAACACUUUUAAUCUUUGUAAAGAGGAGGGAAAGACUCUUAAAUAUCAUGAUGAUGAAGAAGGGCGAAAAACUCCUGAUCCUCACGAGGGAGAAGAAUUUUACGUAACCGGCAGGGAUUAUCUAGAUGAAGAAGUUAUAGAUCAUGACAUAGGUCUUGACAUAAAGGGUAUUGUAGAAAUGAAAUUCCAGGAUAAAUAG